AUGCUUACAUAUGCCAAAUGUUUUACACAGAACACAAAGCUUAUUACCCAUCAGACAGCUAAGGCAGGACAUAGGCCAUUUCCAUGUUCUGAGUGUGGGAAAUGUUUUACAUACAAAUCACUUCUUGUAAGACAUGAGAGAAGUCACACAGGUGAGAAGCCAUUUCCAUGUUCUGAGUGUGGAAAAUGUUUUAUACAAAAAUCAGCUCUUGUUAUACAUGAGAGAAGUCACACAGGUGAAAAACCAUUUUCAUGUUCUGAGUGUGGGAAAUGUUUUGCACUUAAAUCACAUCUUGUUAUACAUCAGAGAUGUCACACAGGUGAGAAACCAUUUCCAUGUUCCGAGUGUGGGAAAUGUUUUACACUGAAAUCACAUCUUCUUAGACAUGUGAAAAUCCAUACAGGUGAUAGGCCAUUUCCAUGUUCUGAGUGUGGGAAAUGUUUUAUAGAUAAGUCACAUCUUGUUAGACAUGAGAGAAGUCAUACAGGUGAGAAACAAUUUCCAUGUUCUGAGUGUGGGAAAUGUUUUAUAGAUAAGUCACAUCUUGUUAGACAUGAGAGAAGUCAUACAGGUGAGAAACAAUUUCCAUGUUCUGAGUGUGGGAAAUGUUUUCUAGAGAAAUCACAUCUUGUUACACAUGAGAGAAAACACACCGGUGAGAAACCAUUUCAAUGUUCUGAGUGUGGGAAAUGUUUUGGACAGAAAUCAUAUCUUGUUACACAUCACAGAAGUCACACAGGUGAGAAGCCAUUUCCAUGUUCUGAGUGUGGGAAAUGUUUUAUACAUAAGUCACAACUUGUUAGACAUGAGACAAGUCAUACAGGUGAAGAACCAUUUCCAUGUUCUGAGUGUGGGAAAUGUUUUAUAGUUAAGUCACAACUUAUUAGACAUGAGAGACAUCACACAGGUGAGAAGCCAUUUCCAUGUUCUGAGUGUGGGAAAUGUUUUGUACAGAAAUCAGAACUUGUUACACAUGGGAGAAUACACACAGGUGAGAAACCAUUUCCAUGUUCUGAGUGUGGGAAAUGUUUUAUACAAAAAUCAAAUCUUGUUCGACAUGAGAGAAGUCACACCUACAAAGGGCAAGGGUUCAGCGUUACCAUCCAACAUGGGGGAAGCUUUCUCUCUGACCUCUCAUUACACAACAGAAGUCACACAGGUGAGAAACCAUUUCCAUGUUCUGAGUGUGGAAAAUAUUUUGCACACAAAUCACAUCUUGUUAUACAUAACAGAAGUCACACAGGUGAGAAGCCAUUUUCUUGCUCUGAGUGUGGGAAAUGUUUUACACAGAAAUCACAACUUGUUACACAUCAGGGAAGUCACACAGGUGAGAAGGCAUUUUCAUGUUCUGAGUGUGGGAAAUGUUUUACACAGAAAUCACAACUUGUUACACAUCAGAGAAGUCACACAAGUGAAAAGGCAUUUCCAUGUUCUGAGUGUGGGAAAUGUUUUGCACACAAAUCAGUUCUUGUCAGACAUAACAGAAGUCACACAGGUGAGAAACCAUUUCCAUGUUCUGAGUGUGGAAAAUAUUUUGCAGACAAAUCACAUCUUGUUAUACAUCACAGAAGUCACACAGGUGAGAAGCCAUUUUCUUGCUCUGAGUGUGGGAAAUGUUUUACAUGGAAAUCACAACUUGUUACACAUCAGAGAAGUCACACAGGUGAGAAGCCAUUUCCAUGUUCUGAGUGUGGGAAAUGUUUUACACAGAAAUCACAACUUGUUAUACAUCAGAGAAGUCACACAGGUGAGAAGGCAUUUCCAUGUUCUGAGUGUGGGAAAUGUUUUGCACACAAAUCAGUUCUUGUUAGACAUAACAGAAGUCACACAGGUGAGAAGCCAUUUCCAUGUUCUGAGUGUGGAAAAUAUUUUGCACACAAAUCACAUCUUGUUAUACAUAACAGAAGUCACACAGGUGAGAAGCCAUUUUCUUGCUCUGAGUGCGGGAAAUGUUUUGCACUGAAAUCAGAUCUUGUUAGACAUCACAGAAGUCACACAGGUGAGAAGCCAUUUCCAUGUUCUGAGUGCGGGAAAUGUUUUACACAGAAAUCACAACUUGUUACACAUCAGAGAAGUCACACAGGUGAGAAGGAAUUUGCAUGUUCUGAGUGUGGGAAAUGUUUUGCACACAAAUCAGAUCUUGUUAUACAU